UCCGGCGGAGACUGUACAUGCGUGUUUAGCCUCCGCUCAUGCGAUUUGGCGGGUAAUGCUUUUGUAUAUUUGGGAUUUCGGUCGGCGCAUACUCUGAAGUAGAACCCAAACAAUGCUAAAAUAACACCUAAGAAGUGAGCGAACUGUUCAGCACUAACAGAAGAAAGAAAGUACUUUUGCAGGCCUGAGGUAAGCUUGGAAUGGAGGCGGGACUGCUAUCUGAACAAGCUACUCGCACUUUUAAGUUAGCCUUAGCUAACUUUAUGCAAGAACUUACAGCACCAGGCAAACAGCAGACUGGAGCUACAGGGCUGUGUACCGCUGGAGCCUCAGGACGGUGGCGGGACCAUGGAGUCUGUUGCUGGCACUAACAAAACCAAGACGGUCCUAGCCUCUCCGACUCCUAAAGCAAAACAAUCUUGCAGGUUGCGGCUUGAGAAGUCCCGCGCUGAUAGCUCUCUGGUUCUCCUGACACGGAAAUUUGCUCAGAUGCUAAAUCGUGCUUUAGAUGGAGUGCUGGACCUCAACGUGGUCUCAUCAGAGCUCAGUGUGUCCAAGAGACGUCUGUACGACAUCACCAAUGUGCUGGAAGGGAUCAAGCUCAUCAAGAAGACGUACAAAAACCACAUCCAGUGGUUAGGAAGCCCUUUGGAUGAUGGAGUCACUGGAGGUUUGAAGGCUCUCAUCGAGGAGGAAAAGAAGCUGGACGAGCUGAUCCAAAGUAGUGCCUGGCAGAUCAGCUCGCUGUGUGAAGAGGAUCUCCACCAGAGAUAUGCCUAUUUGACAUACGAGGAUAUCCGUAAUAUUCCAAGUUUGGAAGAACAGACUGUGAUUGUGAUCAAAGCUCCCUCUGAGACUCGGCUCCAAGUGCCACAUCCAGAGGAGAGCUUCCAGAUCUACCUCAGUAGCAUCAAUGGACCCAUUGAUGUGUUCCUCUGCUCUGAUACCCCUGUUCCUAUGGAAUCCACUGACACACCAGCUGCAGGCAGUGCUACUUGUGGGCAGUUCCAGUUAACCACCUGUGGGAAAGAGUUCUUUGCUCCUUUACCUCCGUUCUUCUCAGUGCAGACGUCUUCUAAAGCGGAUGCUAACUGUAGCUGUGAGGCUUCUCAACCCCAGAGUCUGAGGUGAAACCACCGUCAACUUUCAUCCCUUGGAAGAAAUCCCACAACAUCCCCCGAACAAUUGGAGCAUAGCUACUUCGUUUCAUCUUCUCUUUUGGCGGGAGUGUUACCUCAUCAGCCUGACCAAAGAUGGAGGCAUUACAGAAAUCUGCUCAGCCUGACGUGGAGGUGCUGCUUUGCUGAACUGACUUGAUAAGAAUAGUCUCAAGUAGGGGGUAAUGCAAUAAAAAAAAACUAAGUACUCAAAUUAAUCUUUUGCUUAGGAACAUUUUCUACCUCUGAGGAAACAUCUCUCUGGACUCGCUCCGUACAUGCCAGGAGAUUCAGGUUUAUUCUGCCUUUGUGACGUUUUCUCUCUGUUGGCAAUGAAAGAUGCCCAUGCUGUUCGGCUAACCUGUCUAAGGUCCUUAGGACAUGAAGAGAAGAUGGUGGAUGAUUUUGCAAUUGGAUUUCAGAUUACCAUUAAAAACAUUUAAUAGGAGCAAACCCAGUAAUAGAAUUAGACAAAAAUAAGGUAAGCUCCAUGAAGAACGGUUCCAAUUUGGAUGUAAUUUGCUACAAUGACAGACCAGCAGUCUGUAUGAUUACUUUUGCAAAGUUGCUGUCCUUUUUAAGAACGUACAACACAUAAAUAGUGUAAUCAUAGGUGGCCUGGUGAUGUCAUUUGGCAGUUUCUGAAGCAUCCGACAGUCAUUCGAACAAAUCAUCUUCCUAUACACACUGGUCCUCUUUUGGACAUCCUGCCUCUUUGCAAACUAACUCAUUUUCUUCCCUAGAAAUCGUCAAAGCUAAAAUGUCCAAAUCAGACCAUCGGGUGAGUUUGGAUUUAGGCUAAUUGAAAAGCGUCUGAAACUCUACUUAUGUUUCUUCCUCCAGAGUUAACGUCAGCUCAAGGUCAAUUCACCCCUUCAUUAAUUCACGCCCCUAUUUUGUUCCCAUGCUUUGCCAUUUUAUCCCAAUCUAGUUCCACUUUGUUUGUAAACAAAGCCUUUCAUACCCAUGUACUUUACCAUUUUGUAUCAAUUUAGUUUUUAUAUUGAGCUCUAUUUCGAUUGAUUGUGGUUCUUAUCCCCAUUUGGGCCUGUUGUUUUUUAUGAAAUAUGGCAGAUACGAACCCUGAUCAAACCAAGACAAAACUAAGCCACCUGCUGUUGGUAGGUAGUGUUUUUUUGGAGUAACAUCACUAUGUUUACUUUUUAUAGACUAUGAGCAGAUAAAUGACAAACUCCUUUAAACUAUUGGUUUUCAAAGCAGGCAGAAACCGUCCCUGUUAUGGGAAUAAAUGGACCUGUGUUAUAAAAAAAAGUUGGGUAUGAAACACCAUAAAUGGCAAAAGUAUAAAAAGGUGAAUGGGCCUAAUGACCACCAGCCAUUAUUUCUGUUUCUCAGUUAAUAUUAUGUUGAUUACAGUCACUAUAAUGUUAUGUCAACAUUUAUCAAUUAUUUAGACUUUGGUAUCUGAUAUUUUCUAGUUCAUUAGUCAGGUUAUCUACUAUUAUAGUACCUGAAGUUGGUUGCUGCUUAUAUCAGGCCAGUUGAUGUUUUUUUAACCCUCCCGCAGUCCUGGCUAAGCGCUUGCACAGAGCAAGGCAGAUGUCACAGGAGGUGCCAGAAAGACCUGCACGCGGGGUUUUUCUGACCCCCACAAGACCAAAAAUCUAGGGCAGAGGUCAGAAAUGUGAUGUGGAGGGCUCUUUGCAGCCCGGCGUGUGGGAAAACCCUGAAAUAGACGGGAAAACUUCAGUAGUGCACACGUGCGACCCCUCCAGGAGGCGGCGCUCCUUUGUUUUCCAAACCAUUACUAAGUGUUAUUCUGCAAGCUGAAAUAUUUGCCAAGAGUCAGAUUUGUCUAUCUCUCAGCCAGCUGACUUGUAGUGUGCAGCAACAGGUGGGGGAGGGGCCAAACUGGGUUACUUUAUGCAGCCAGGGAAAACUCUUGUGCAUUUUAUUCUGCGUCUCAUUAAAAUAACGACUAUUCUCUUUUUGCCUUUAGUCUUUUUAAAGCCAUUUGUACCAGUUAUCACCACAUGCACGUUUAUGAGUCCAGUACCAGAGUACGAAUGUAUGGUAUGGGCCUGAAACCCUUUACUUCUUUUCUCAGGUCUUUUACUUACGGUUCUGCUUUCAGGUUCGUACAUGUUUGAUUGCACUCCUAAGGGUUUGACAUUGAACCUUGUUGCAGUGAAGAGUCUCAUGACAGCAUUUUUUUGUCGUCAAACCAUUUAGAGAGUGGCAUGCUCAUGCAGACAGCGUGCCCUUUGGUCGUUAAGAGGGAGGAAUUGUCUCCUGAUGAUGCUCUGGACAUCUGAAAGCAUCGACUUGUAUUACCCUGCUGUCACAAAACCCCUUUAUGCCUUCCAUUUAAGGACCUGCCCUACAUUACAAAACAAUUUCAUCUGUGACAACUUAAUAGAUGUCAGGUGGACACGGCUCUGAAGAUGUUAGCUGCAUUUCAGCUCACGGUUUGACUGAAGCUCAGGAGGGUUUGGUAACGUCAACGAGAAGGACCGUUUGGUUCUGUUUACUUGUGAUUGUCCAGGAUUCUUAACUGUUCAAUCUUCCUGAAAAACGUAAUAAAAUUUUAUUUAUCUGUA